UUUCACACUUUCGCCCAAAUUUCGUCACAUUCUAUUGAGAAACCAAAACGCUGGAAUGUGUAUUGAUUUAGUCUUUCAUUUCAGUAUAAAAAACACUAUUGAUCAGCAUUCUAUAUGAUGCAUUAUUAUAUUAUUUGCAUAAUAUAGAGUCACCGGCAGUGCCCCUUUCGUUGCUCCUGAUAUUUGAUGCACGCACCUGUAUUGAUUAGGAUUGCGUUUAAUGUAUUUUCUCACACGAAAGCAAGCUAUUCUCUCGGAGAUAACCCAGGAUACAUUCUAAACGUGGAUCAGUUAGCCGCUGGUGUCUCUUUAGAUAUCUUAAAGCAUAUUUAUUUAUCAGCUUUUCUUAUCAACAACAGCAACAAGACGAUUUUGUAUACUAUGGUUAGCUAGAAUUGCCGAGUCUUUUUUAUUAAGAAAGCACUGGUAUUGCAGUAGUUUGAAAAGCUAAACGCUGGAGAUGGUUAUUAAGAAGAAGUAAAAAGUUUUGCUUCGAAAUGCUGUGAUACUGAAAAACAGGUUUUGUGGAUAUUCAAAACUCUAGGAAUGUGUCUUUUUUCAUAAUGAGGAAAGUAGACGUUCUACUGUUGCAGAUUUCUAUGCUGGUGACGAUUAAACAUGUAUAUUCUAUAGACUGUUAUGUCUGUACUUCCUUGAAUGGCCAAAACAAGGCUUGUGAAGACGAAUUUAAAAGGGACCUAACCACCUCUCUCUUCAUCAGUAGAACCUGCGUGUUCGAAUUCUUCAAAGGCACUCACUGCAUAAAGUUGAAAGGAAGAAGAAGUGAUGGUUCCGGUAUCGUUGUGAGACAGUGUGGCGACUACGACUGGGGGAGCCACUGCGGGGAUAUCCUGUAUGACUCAGGGGAUGGUCGUGGGGAGGAGUUAGUGGACGGGUGUCUGGAGUCUUGUAAUCAUGAUGGCUGUAAUGCGGCCAACCAUAGUGGCCAAUGGGCCGUGACUGUAUAUAUUCUUACGUUUAUAUCAAUGCUUUUUUUCUCUCACAUUUCAUGCUAGCACCAAGUGCACCGGUUCGUCAUUAUUAAACAAAGUAUCAAUCCGUCAGAUACCUACAAUAUCCGAGAUUUAUUCAUAGUAUUAAAGCAUAAUCCAGUGACCUUUUUCAAGUACAAGUAAAGCACGCUCUGGGUAAUUUUGAUGAUAAUGCAAGGAAACAGGAACAAAGAGAACAUUAUCACUGCAUUUACGAUGUAGCACCUGGAUGUAUUACGUAUGAUUUUUAAUUUAGCAUUUUUAAAACAAUUUAGACAUUUUUCAACAUUGUUUGUGUGUCAUCUUCCUUGCACUUCAAUGGAUAAAUAGAUAUAUCGUUGACCAUUUAUUUAUAAUCUAUUUACAAAGAUGUGUGUAUUUUUCAUAUUCUUUGAUGAUAACAUAUUUUGAUGUGUUUCUUUUAUCAUAUCGAAUUUGUGAGAUAUAAUGAUGUUUUAUUUCAUCACAGUAAAUUUUCAUAUUUAUGUUGACAUGUGACGACCUACCACGACUCACUCGAGUGAGUUUAAAUCAUGAAUAUAUUAAUUUUAAAACUGACACAAUUCAAUUUCAUUUAUUAUAUGUUUCCUAUGCAUGGUUACAAUCAAGUUAAAAAUAAGAAUAAAGACUUGAAUGAAUUGUGUCGCAUAAAAUGUUCACAAAACGAUCAACAAAAUAAAUGUUUCCAGUACAUACCUGUAUGUCUUGCCAUUCUAGCACACAAUAAACAAUUAAUACUCAA